CGCGCGGACUACAUUUCCCAGCGCGCCCCGCGUGGAGGAGAAGGGCGGCGGGCGGCGGCCGUGGGAGACAGGGGCCCGGGCCCGAGCCCGGGCGCAGGUGGCUGCUGGCGGCCCCGGGGCCGGAUCCUGCUGCUGUCGGCGCCGCGGGCAUGGCGGACACGGUGUCGGUGCACGCGACGCGCUUCGAAGCGGCCGUGAGGGUGAUCCAGAGCCUGCCCCAGAACGGUUCGUUCCAGCCAACAAAUGAAAUGAUGCUCAAGUUCUACAGCUUUUAUAAGCAAGCAACCCAAGGACCGUGUAACAUUCCAAGACCUGGAUUCUGGGAUCCUAUUGGUAGAUAUAAAUGGGAUGCUUGGAGUGCUUUGGGGAACAUGUCCAAAGAAGAAGCAAUGAUAGCCUAUGUUGAAGAAAUGAAAAAAAUUCUUGAGACUAUGCCAGUGACGGAGAAAGUUGAAGAAUUACUGCAAGUUAUUGGCCCAUUCUAUGAAAUAGUAGAGGAUAAGAAGAGUAACAGAGGAUCUGACUUAACAUCAGUCCAACUGGAGAAAGUCUCUAAAUAUUUGGAAGACCUUGGCAAUGCCUUGACUUCCACUCCAAAUCCAAAGGCUUUGAAUGGUAAAGCUGAAAGCAGUGAUAGUGGAGCAGAAUCAGAGGAGGAAGAGGUUCAUGAAGAAGAAAAAGACCUACAACUAAAUGAAAAUGAAUAUAAGAAUGUGAAGCCAGACACAGCGGCUGCUAAAGAUUUGGAACGUAUUGUCACCAAUGGCUGUUACAAGGACAGCUUUAUUCCAGAUACACAGAAUGGCACCCAGACAAAAUCUGCCUUGAAUGGCAUAAGUGUGGAGGAAGAAUUAAAGAAAAUGGAGCAAAGUCUAGAAGUAACUGAUAACAAUGUCCACCAAGGUGCAAAUGAAGAGAGUGUUGAAGAGGUCUCAGGAUUUCAGCAUUUGACAAGUGAUUCAGACAGUGAAGUUUAUUGUGAUUCUAUGGAGCAACUUGGACAAGAAGAGCCCUUGGAAAUCAUUACAUCAGCCAGAGGACCUUUAAAGCUCUCAUCCCAUUUCCUGGAAAUAGAUCCAAGUUAUCUAUUGGAAAAUGCUGAUUUUCCUGAGCACAUUCGCAUGACCUCUGGGAAUUUCAGGGUUGAGGAUAUAAAAGAGGCCGCAGUUGAAGGAAAAGGUGAAGUUAAAUGUGGGGGAGAAGAUGGCAGAAGCAGCAAUGGAGGCCCUCACAAAGAGAAGAAAGGUGGAGAAAAAGUGGAUUGCUAUGGAGUCAGAAGAGGGAGAGGGCACAGGCUGCAACCUCUGGGUGAUGGUGCCCGAGGUGGACAGAUGGGAAGUGGAGGGGAUGGUGAACGGUGGGGAUCGGAUAGAGGGCCAAGAGGCAGCCUCAAUGAACAGAUUGCGUUAGUGCUUAUGCGGUUACAAGAAGACAUGCAGAAUGUCCUUCAGAGACUGCACGCGCUAGAGGCGCUGACCGCCUCCCAGGCAAGAACUGUGGCACUACAAUCAAAUUAUCAACCCAUCACAGCAGCUAAGAGACCAUCAUGGUGGCCCUUUGAAAUUUCUCCUGGUACUUUAACCUUUGCAAUUGUAUGGCCCUUCAUUGCUCAGUGGUUGGUGCAUAUAUACCUUCAAAGGCGGCGAAGAAAACUGGACUGAGAAUUCAGUGCGAUUUUUGCUUAAAGACUACUUGGAUGGGAAGGCCCUGGAAGGUGAAGGAAUUCACAUCAGAACCUCAAUGUGUAAUGGCUAAAAAUUCCCUCAGUCAUAUUAUUUUUGCACUACCUAAGCGGUAAACAUUUAAAGACUAACAUUACUGAUACUUGAAUAAUCUAUUGCUCCUAGGUUACUUGUAAAAUAAAUAGUUAUCCCAUCCUUAAACCACAGGAAUGUUAACUUAAUUAUUUUGGAAUGUAUUUCUGGAUAGGCAUUCUUGCUCAUGACAGUUCACAAUGAAGAUAUUUGGAAUGGAAAAUGUUAAACUGCCACUUUAACAUGAAAACAUUUUUGUAAUUUUAGUACCUUUGACUAUUUUUAUAGGGUUACAUACCUUCAGACAGAAGCAGUGACAGGGGGGAGAUGCAAGUUCAAUCUGUACAUUUAUAGCUGGGCAGAGAUGAUGUAGCUCUGAAGUACUCAAAUGGUUAGUUUUGCUGCUAAACAGACAUGCAAUAGAUGUCCUUGUCAA